UUCGACUUGAAAUUUUGUUACCAGUUAGCAACAAAAAGAUGUAUAAUCAAAUGACUAUUCUUCUUUUAAUACAAUGUAUGGGAAACAAGCUAAUCAUAAGUUAUAGUCUCGCACAACCGAAUGGAGGUAGCAGGGGGUGGUCCGAUCUGUUUGAUGAGCUGCGCAUAAUACCCGAUGGAGGACUGUCUGGAGGUGGAAGAGCAAAAAUCACGACACUACCACCUGCGCCAAAAACCGUUGUUCCUCUUGUUCCUCUUGGUCCAUUGCCCGAUUUACCAAUAGCACACGACGACAAUCAAUAUGCAGUGUGUGCAGAUAUCGUCUUUGCAAACGAUGCUUCUUGCUCUCUACAUGGGAAUGUGAAAGCUGACCAAGUGAAUCUAAUUAUAGACAUCGCAAGAAGUUUUCAAAUAUCAGAUAUUGCAGGUGCAAGAUUCGGUGCAUUUUCCUUUGGCAAAUAUGUCGAUGUUCAGAGCAAAAUGGACUUUAUACCGAAUGCAGAUGUAUCAACAAUUCUCUCCAGGUUGAAUAACCUAAAAACAGCCUCCCUAUCUUGCAGGACAAUACCUUACCGAGCGAUGCGUAUGUCGAGGGGCUAUUUCAAUGGGGAGAAUGAUCGAGAUGACGGGGCGUUCAAGGACGUCUUGAUCUUCAUAGGAGAUGGUUGGACGUCGCCAAUACGCACGCGCAAACACAAUAUAAAGGAGUCGAAAAAACUUAGGAAUGAUAAUGUUGAUAUUCUAUGGAUCAAAACGCAACCGAAAGGCAAGACUGGAUUAACAAACGAGCGGAAAUAUGGUGGAACUGUUGAGGAUAUUGAAUUACUGCCAAUUGUUGGUGAUUCCACUAAGAUAUUUGAAUACAAAAAUGGUGAAAGGGAACGUGUAAUUGAUGAAAUUACCGAAUACCUGUUAAGCCAUUAUACAUGCGAUGUAUAGAAUAAUUGUACAAUAUCAGUGUCGGCUUCA